CACACUCACUCUCUCUCUCUCUCUCUCUCUCUCUUUUGAUCAAUCGAACAGACUCAAAGUCCUUCAGUGAGAUUGUUUGUGGGGGUAAAGAAGCACUUAUACCAUGAUUUUACUCUUUCUCACAGUUUUGCUGUUUUGGACUGACGCAGUUCAUGGGUACCGCAGUGCUCUGAAUGAUUUCCAGCGUUCUGAGGGUCGUGAGUUGGUUCUGAAGUCCUGGAACGCAGAUCGGCUGACGGUUCUGCCGGGCGUCACUUUGGAGGAUUGUGCUAAACGCUGCACUGAGAGUCUAGAAUGCAGAGCGUUUAAUUAUGAGUUCCGGCCGUCUGUGGUGUGUAAACAUCUGCCGUGGGUCGGUGAUGGAGACAAUGCAGAUGUGAAGAGAAAUGUCAACUGUGAUCUUUAUGAGAUGAAAGUUUAUGUCAGGAAGUGUAUUGUUGGUAAAGGAGAAGACUAUCGAGGGAAAGUGGCGACAACUAAAGACGGACGGACGUGUCAACAGUGGUGGUCAAAAUUUCCUCACGAUCACAGAUGGACUCCGUCUACCACCAACGGUCUUGAGCUGAACUACUGUCGGAAUCCAGACGGGGAUCGAAUCGGCCCCUGGUGUUACACCACAGAUCCUGAACGCAGAUAUGAGAGUUGUGACAUUCCAAAGUGUAAAGAUGACGUCUGCUUCACGUGUAAUGGAGAAGACUACAGAGGUCAGGUGGAUCACACAGUGAGCGGUAAAGAGUGUCAGAGAUGGGACCAACAGUUUCCACAUCAACACAUCUAUCAGCCAGAGAAAUACCCUGAUAAGAGUCUGGAUGAUAAUUACUGUCGUAACCCAGACGCGUCUCCGGUACCCUGGUGUUACACCACCGAUCCAGCGGUGGAGAGAGAGAGCUGUGACAUUCGCAAGUGUUCUGAAUCUCCAAAGCGUCGUCUUCGCUCCAGCUACACCACCAACUGUUUUCGGGGUCGUGGUGAAGAUUACAGAGGUAAAGUCAAUGAAACCACCUCAGGGAUUCCGUGUCAACGCUGGGACGCUCAGAAACCUCACGAGCACCCGUUUUACCCCAAAACCUACGAGUGCAAAGGUCUGGAGGAGAAUUACUGUCGUAAUCCUGAUGGUUCAGAAGCUCCUUGGUGUUUCACGUCUCUGUCUGCGAUGAGAACGGCUCUCUGCCUGCAGAUCAAACGCUGUGCUGAUGACAUCGAAGCUGAAGAUUGCUACAAUGAAAUUGGCAAAAACUACCGAGGUGUCGUCCGCAAGACUCGUAAAGGCAUUCUGUGCCAGAAAUGGAGCAUCAACACACCUCACAAAACCAAGAUAAACCCCAAAACACAUCCCGAGGCCAAUCUGACAGAGAAUUACUGCAGGAAUCCUGACGGAGAUCAUCACGGCCCCUGGUGUUACACCACCGAUCCCAAAACAGAGUUUGACUACUGUGCCAUCAAGCAGUGUGCUGGAGAGAAAGUGCCAAUCAUUGGACCCACAGCGGAGGUUGUGUUCAAUGAGUGUGGAAAACGAGAAGACCGCUUUGCCAAAUCCAUGUUGAGAAUAGUGGGCGGCACACCAGGAAACUCUCCGUGGACGGUCAGCCUCAGAGAUCGGAAAGGGAAUCAUUUCUGUGGAGGUUCUCUGGUGAACUCUCAGUGGGUCAUCAGCACUAAACAGUGCUUCUCUUCCUGUUAUGUGGAUCUCAUGGGAUACACGGCUAUGAUGGGCACAUUGUUCCGUGAUCCAAAGGAAGGAGAAUCGGACAGACAAACCAUUGGUCUCACGAAGAUCGUCUGCGGCCCCUCUGAAUCUCAUCUGGUCAUGCUGCUGUUAGAAAGUCCAGCACAGUUUAAUGAGCGUGUGUCUCAGAUUUGUCUUCCACCCGAGCGCUACAUCGUUCCAGAAGGAACCACCUGUGAAAUCGCAGGCUGGGGAGAGUCGAAAGGUACGGCAGACGAGACCGUCCUGAAUGUGGCUCAGAUGCCUGUAUUGAGCAAUAAAGAGUGUAAUCAGUAUUUCAAAGGUCGUGUCAGAGAGAAUGAGAUGUGCACUAUGCCCUUUCAGGCCGGAGUCGGUGCCUGUGAGAGAGAUUACGGCGGUCCUCUGGCGUGUCAGAACAGUGACUGUUGGGUUCUUGAGGGGGUUAUUAUACCCAUGCGCCGCUGUGGACAUCCCGGACAGCCAAACAUCUUCAUUCGUGUGUCUGUUUAUGUGGAUUGGAUAAAGAAGGUCAUGGAGAUGGCGUAAUUCACCUCUAAUAUUUCACGUGACCGUCACAAACAAUUCAUUCCUCCUCUACAUAUGAAUACAAUACAUGUGUACUCGGCUACAGAGACUUUGCUGCGAUGUAUUGUACUGAAAAGUGUGUUUUAUAAGACUGUGUAAGCAUUUUUAUAUCAUCCUGAGUUGAGAGGAUUUUACUCACAAACUGUGUGUCUGUUUGUGUUUAGCAUGUAGUUAAUCAUUCACACCAAACCGCUGACAUAAACACCGUUUUGUACAAUUACAGUUGUAUUAUUAGGAAUAAAAUAUCUGAAAUAUUAUAUG